UCAGUGCCCUCACUUAGGUGGUCAGGCCGCGCCUAAACAUCAUUUUUUCCUGGGCCAGGAGGGCCCUGUCACAGGGACAAGGCGCCGACGUGCCGCCUCCUCCGUGGCCAGGUGUCCCACAAGGCAGCCGCAGAGGUCGCAACGCCCCGCCGCUGACAGGCGGCGAGGCGAACACCCGCGCCAGGCCCCGCGGCGCGUCACGGCCGGCGGCGGCGGCGACUUCCCAGCUCCCCCCCUCCGCGCCCGUCGCACGCACGCGUACUGCGCCCAGCAUGAGGGUCGCCGCUCUGAUCAGUGGUGGGAAGGACAGCUGUUAUAAUAUGAUGCAGUGCAUUGCUGCUGGGCAUCAGAUCGUUGCUUUAGCAAAUCUAAGACCAGCUGAAAACCAAGUGGGGUCAGAUGAACUGGAUAGCUACAUGUAUCAGACAGUGGGUCAUCAUGCCGUCGAUCUGUAUGCAGAAGCGAUGGCUCUUCCCCUCUACCGCCGUACCAUAAGAGGAAGGAGUGUGGAUACGGGACGAGUGUAUACCGAAUGUGAAGGUGAUGAGGUUGAAGAUCUCUAUGAGCUUUUGAAACUUGUUAAGGGCAUCGCUAGAGUGACCUUGCCUGCUGAAUAUGAUGCUCUGAAUCUCCAAGAUUUUCACAUGAAUUUGGAAGUGGGCAGUCAGGCGAUUGUUUACAGGACUCCAAAUGAACUGUGCACUCACAGCAAGUUUGAUAAACACACAUUUCCUCCUUUUAUCAGUGAGAUUGCAGAAUGUGAAGUAUGAGUUUCCAGUUUUACUUAUUCCCUUCAACCCUUUUCCUGUUUAAAAACUUAGACAUACUAAUUGGAUGCUGAUCUGUCCCUGUUUUUUAGUCUGUUUACUGAUAGUUGACGGUUUAUUCCAAUACUUACCUAGGCGAGGUUUGGCAGUUCUUUAAAUAAUAAACUUCCCAUGUAUUCAACUUAAAGGAGAUUCAUCCCAAGGAAUGCAAUGUGAGCACUAAUUAACAGUAAUGACUGCUAAUCACUUUGCUUUUUAUACUCCUUUAGGAGCACUGCUAUUACCCAAUGUAGUUAAGUAAAAUGCUUGUAUAUGAAUCAACAAUGCUGCAUCCUUUUAGCAGCUAUUGCUCACAAUCAAGCUUUGCAUAAAUUAGAGUUAACUAAAAUUGAUUUUAAUAUCCUGCAUUUCUUUCUGCAAUAGUAACUAACAUAUCCAGUUAAAUACACUGGAUGUUUAAAAGGCAUUCCCUGAUUUUUUUUUUUUUUUUUGUAGUCAUACUUAUGGUAGAUGAAAAGCAAGAUUGCAAAUAAAUUUUCUCACAGUUGACGACCUUCCUCUUAGAUUUCUACAAAAUUGCAUGCAGCAUACUCUUCAUAGGCACACAGGAACACUUGGAUUCUGUUGUAAGAAUUUUAUCACAUCAAUGAAAAUCAAUAGGUUUAUGUUUAAUUUUUCUGAAUUUGUGCAUUUACUUCCUAGAGGAUCUUACAGUUCCUUUAAAUUAUAUAGCCCAUUUAUAUAAACUUGGUUCAUAGGAUUGUGCAUUCAGUGUUCAUUAAAAGGGGUUGUUUUAUUAUGUUUGGUGUAUUAUUAGACUCUUAUAAAAGCUUUCUGUUUAUUUACAUGCAUUCAACAUACCUACAAACUGCCUUGCCUCAGGAGGAGAUGGAACAAAACUCAUAAAUUAAUAAUUUAAGGGAGCAAUACCCAAGUAGCAUUUUGGUUAACUUAAUAAGCUAAAGCCUUAGAGUCAGUGCUGGCCACUUUAACAAUGCUUUACUUUUGACUUUUAUUGGCUGAAAAUAACUUGUUAAACCAAGGCUUUUGUCAUAAAGUGAAAUCUACAUACCAUCUGAAGUCCCUUCCCCUCUUUUUUGAUUUAUGAGUAGGUUGACAUAUUAUUGAAGAAUUUUUAACGCUUUCACAGUUCUGCACUUUGAUUUCAGAGAAGGUGCUAAUCUCUCUGGAAGUUUGAGAGUGACAAAAUGAGUUGUAUACUGUUUUUCUGGGGAAUUUGGGAUUCUUUAUUAGAGGCCUUAGUUUUAUGAUGGUACCUAUAUUAAUGUUGAUUUAUCAAAUACGUGAUGUGGUGUUGCGAUCUGAUAUGCAUUAGCAGAAUGUCCUCCUUUCGCAUUUUACAUGUUAUCUGUAGUUGCCUGGUCAUGACAUUGUAAUUCUUAUAGCUAAUGCUAGUGUUUCUACAGAGGUUUAGCAACUCAAGACAUUAUUUUUAAGUCACCAAAAUAAAAUGAUUUCCCUUUUAUUUUUGUAUUGCUUUGUAGUGUCAGAAAUCUAAAUUUUUGGUGAGUAAACAAGUGGAAAGAAUUAAGUGGUAGUGUAAUGAAAAGGUUUAUAUUUUUUAUACUAGUCUUAUUGUAAUACAUUGCAAACAUAUGUAUUAAAAAAAAACUUUGGCACUCUACUUAAUUGAAUUUAGUUUCAAAGAACCGCAAGAGGAACGAUGUAGAGAACAGAAAAUAUAUGGAAGCUUAAUUGAAUGUUAUUCAUAUCUAAUUAUAAUCUUUGUGCGUA